AUGGAUGGAACACCACCUUACUACCUCAACAGAGGGGUUAGUGGGUCUGGUUCUGCGUCUGGACCUUCUGGUUCUGUUCCUGCUUCUGGAUCUGGGACACAGACUGGUUUACCAGCCCCACCAGGCUUCAAAACCUCUUCAAACCCUAACAUUUCAUUUCAGUCCAAUGUGGGUUCCACAUACCAAGUAGAAAACCCAUCACCCAGUUUUCCUCAUGGCAUUGCCAUGGGUGUGGCCCCCAGUGGUGUGUCACCGGGCGAUACUGGAAAGAAGAAAAGAGGGAGGCCUCGAAAAUAUGGUCCAGACAGUGCCAACAUGUCUCUGUUACUGUCUCCGAUGUCGUCCACGCCUUCUCCAGGGUCGCUAACCCCCAGACGUGGUAGAGGGCGGCCACCAGGGAGUGGGAGAAAGCAACAAUUAGCUUCUCUUGGUGAAUGGAUGAACACUUCUGCAGGAUUGGCUUUUACACCUCAUGUCAUACAUAUUGGAGCAGGAGAGGACAUUGCGAUGAAGGUGCUUUCAUUUGCACAACACAGGCCGAGGGCUCUAUGUAUCUUGUCAGCUAAUGGCACAGUUUCGGCAGUACAACUAUGUCAGCCUUCUGGCGGCACGGUGACUUAUGAGGUUGAACCACCCGAUAAUCCCUUUUUAUUAUUGUACACGGAAUAUUAG